CAGAUUUUCAAAAGAUUGCUGAUGUUAAUGGAUAAAUGAGAAUAUAAAACGGUGGAUAGAUUGCUUCGAGACUCGGGUAGAAUAAAUAUCUCUCUCCCUUAGGUUUUGGGUUUUGUAGACUUGUUCCUUGCGUCUAUAUUGUUUGGCGAAAAGCUCUCAGUAACUUGACAAUGGGAGGAAGUUCAUUUGAUGAUGAUUGGGAGCUCACUUACCCUAAUAAUGAAGGUCUAACACUUGUGUUGGUUGGUCGCACUGGAAACGGCAAGAGUGCGACUGCGAAUAGUAUUAUUGGGAAGAAGGUCUUUAAGUCGGAUUACAGCUCUUCUGGUGUAACCUCCCGUUGCGAACGGCACACAACCGAAUUGAAGGAUGGACAAACUGUUAAUGUUAUCGAUACUCCAGGAUUAUUUGAUAUUUCUGCGGAAUCGGAGUUUAUUGGUAAAGAAAUAGUUAAUUGCAUAAAAUUGGCUAAAGAUGGGAUCCAUGCUGUCCUUGUAGUGUUUUCUGUUCAAUCACGGUUUUCUAAGGAAGAAGAAACUGCGCUGCGGAGCUUACAGAUGUUAUUUGGAGAGAAAAUUGCUGAUUACAUGAUCGUGGUCUUCACUGGAGGAGAUGUAUUGGAAAACAGGAAGAAGACACUGCAAGAUUACUUGGGAAGCAGCUGUCCAGAGCCUUUAAAGGAUAUUCUUAGUCUUUGUAAGAAUCGUUGUGUGCUCUUUAAUAACGAAACUGAGGAUGAAAUGAAGCAGUCUGAACAAGUUCAACAACUUUUAUCCUUUGUAAACACCAUUCUAGCACAGAAUGGUGGACGACCUUAUUCAGAUGAGUUAUUUGCAGAACUGAAGAAAGGAGCAAUGGAGCUGCAUAACCAACAAAGACAGGUUAAUUUACAAGGACAAGAGAUAUUGGAGUACAGAAAGCAAGCGAAGCAAGAAUAUGAUGAUCAGCUAAAACGAAUUUCUGAGAUGGUUGAAUCAAAGUUGAAGGCGGCAACUGUGAGGCUUGAGCAACAAUUGAAAGAAGAGCAAGCUGCAAGGCUUAAGGCACAAGAGAAUGCAAAUAAGGAAAUACGUGAGCUAAGAGAACAGCUAUUUAAGGCAGAAGAGAAUGCAAAUAAGGCACGUGAAGAACUCCGCAAGCAUGGUGAAAACCGUUGUGCCAUUCUCUGAUUGCACAACUACUUCAGACUUUCAAAGAGCAUUUUAUUUUUCUGCUGGAUAGUGAUUUCAAAUAUUUGUUGCUUUGGUUAAGCCUUGCUCCAUGUAAAUGCCAUGAUCCUUUCGUAAUUACUUUUAUUUUGUGUUUAAUGCAUUAUGAGAUUGGAGAUCCUUUCUAAUCUGGCUGGCUUUAAUGUGAUAUGAAACUGAGUGUUUUAUUCUAGUAA